UAGGAAUCUUCUGAUUUCUGUCUGUCACUGGCUUAACAAUUUAGAGUUUUCGUGAUUAUAGAAAACAAUACACUUUUUGUUAUUUGCUAGCAGGGUGCUGCACUUAAUUAGAUAGAGCCAGAACUGAUGUUGGCAUUCCUAAAUGCAUGUUAAAUUCACAAAAAAUGCAGACAUUGAGUUUGCUACAUUCUUUGUGAACCAAACUGCUGAAAACACCACAUAAUGAGCUUCUUGCUUAAACCCAGUGCUGUGCUUUGCUUUGGAACUCGCACCGCGACAGAAUAAAUAUAUAUUUAAUUAAACUGUAAAGCACAGUGUUAGACCUUUUUUGGUUCAUUAUGAGAUUGGAUUUUUGGUUCAUUAUGAAACUGUGGUGGAACAGAUUAAAGUACUGAGGGCCAACAUACUCUCGAUAAUUAAUUGAAAAAUAAUAAUUAAAAUAUAGCAGGAAUAUUGUAUAGAUCCUAAAGGAGGUGUCUUUAGAUCACAUCAGUAGGAACAAGCUUGAAAGUGCUGGACGGAAAUGAUGUCAUUAUACUGCAUCAGAGUGGGUGGUAGAUGGGUUGGUCAGUCUGAUCCAGACACUAUAUAAAUGAAAGGACAGUAAGGAGAGCAGAACAAACUCCUAACAGGAGGAGCUUUAAUCAUGGCUUAUGAGACAGAGGGUCAUGAGACUCAAUACUGCUUUCCUGCCAUCAACUCAUCAUGUAUCAAGGGAAAACACUCCAGUCAUGAAUAUAAUAUCAUCUAUAUGUUUGUAUUAUUGCUGUCAGCAUGGACUGUGUUUCUGAACCUGCUGGUGAUUAUCUCCAUCUCUCACUUCAAGAAACUUCACACUCCAACCAACCUGAUCAUUCUCUCUCUGGCUGUUGCCGACAUUCUUCUUGGACUUGUGAUGCCCAUAGAGGCCACGAGGCUGAUUGAGAUGUGUUGGUACUUUGGAGACACUUUCUGUGGACUCUAUUCAAUAUUUAUUGCGAUGCUUCUCUCAGCAUCUCUUAGUAAUUUAGUUUUAGUUGCUGUCGAUCGGUAUGUGGCUGUGUGUUACCCAUUACUGUAUCCACAGAAAAUAACCAUGACUAAAACAUUAAUAAGCAUCUGUCUGAGCUGGAUUUGCUCUUCAACUUAUAACACUGCCUUUGUAAUUAAUAACGGAUAUUUUGACAUUUCACGCAGAACAGACAAGUGUUAUGGAGAGUGUUCUGUUAUGAUGGGUUUUGCUUGGAGAGUCACUGAUCUGAACAUGUCUUUUAUUUUUCCUUGUAUCCUGAUCAUAUCUUUUUAUUUGAGGAUUUUCUAUGUUGUACAUCAGCAAGUGAAAGUUAUAAACACCCUGAUGAAGGGUGGCAAAUACGUAAAUGAAGGUUCAUUGAGGAGGAAAUCUGAGAGUAAAGCAGCUCUGACAUUAGGAAUCAUUGUGACUGUUUAUCUGCUUUGCUAUAUUCCCUACUAUAUCUGUUCUAUUACAGUAAUCUCUUCCAUAACCAUAAAUGUUUUGACAUCGGUCAUGUAUAUGAACUCAGGUCUGAAUCCUAUGGUUUAUGCUUUAUUUUACCCAUGGUUUAAAAAAACAGUAAAACACAUAUUAACUCUGAAAAUAUUUCAGCCAGCAUCCUCUCUGGUCAACAUUUUAACAGAACAUCAAUUGUAAUUAAACUGGUAAAGCCAUCACUAUGAGAACGAUUUCACAUAAACUCCAAUUGUUAUAAAGUCAUAAAAGUAGAUAAUCAUAAUAGUUUUAGACUACGUGUAUUUUAAUAUUAUGUAGUUUGUUACAUUGAGUAUCAUUGCUGUAUAAUUCCUAUACUCUGAUGUUCAAAUGCAGGUUUUGUAGGUUUUCAGAAUUUAGCAAUUAAGUAAAUGCAUUUUAACACAGUGUUUAGCUGUGUUGCAUUAGCUUAUUAGGAAAAUUGAGCAAGAAUUACAAAUCUUCAAUCUACUGAAAUAAAUGAUAAAGAUAAAUAUUAUGUACUUUAUGCUUCACUUUUAUCCAUCAUGUUGAAUCUGUGUUAACAGAAAAACAUGAUCAAAAAGAGGACAGCCAUAUAAAACUGUAAAGAUAAAAUGUAUUAUCAUGGUGGUUCAUCACAAAGUGAAUGAUUAAAAUGUCUUACAGGACACAUCAGAGGGUUAAAACAUUUAAAACAAAGUAACUUCAGAUUCAUCCAAAAGAAAUUUAAAGGCUGUAGCUUAACUAUUCUAUUGUAACUUUUCAAUUAAGUUGAAGUAAUGUUUAUUGUUUGAUAGAAUUGGAUGUUAAUAAAUUGAUGACAUAUGGAACAGCUAAACAUAACCUCGCACAGGCUCAUUUCUUUCUUUUUUUCUUUCUUUCUUUCUUUCUUUCUUUCUU